AUGAAUGACAAAUUGGUAUCUUUGGAUGGUCAUGAAUUUAUUGUAAAAAGAGAACAUACACUAACAUCCAGAACAAUAAAAGCCAUGUUGAGUGGCCCAGGUCGGUUUGCUGAGAACAAAACUAAUGAAGUCAAUUUUAGAGAGAUCUCUUCACAUGUGCUAUCGAAAGUAUGCAUGUAUUUUACCUACAAGGUUCACUACACUAACCACUCCACAGAGAUUCCUGAAUUCCCAGUUGCACCUAAAAUUGCAAUGAAACUGCUAAUGGCUGCAAACUUCCUAGAUUGGUAA